AUGGCCUCAAAAAGAAACAAAUUGAGCAGAGGCAAGCCAAAAUCUUUGUUUCGAGAUGAUGAAUCUAACCACGAUCCAUAUUCUGACGAUGAUGGUGAAUAUGGUUCAGACCACAAUUACGAGCCCGCUGAUAAAGAUGAAGAUAGCAGCAGUGACUACAGUGAAAUUUUCGAUGUUCAUAGAAGUCGCUUUGAACGGAAUAGACAAAGAAUUGGGUCUGAAAGCGAGAAGUCGUAUCAUGGUUCUGCUGGCGAUCAAAGCGAUAAUGGCGAGCAGUUAGACCAGAAUUCUGUUAAUGAAAGAAACUUUGAUGAAACCGAACGUGAUUCCGACAUAAGCGAUUGUAGUAUUUUCGAUCACCAUCAAAUUCAAGUAGCAGGGAAUGAGAAAGAAAGCAGCGUUCAAAGGUAUGAAAGUCAAGAGAACAAUGCUGUUAGAAAUCAUAAAGAUAACUAUGAUAUCCACUUACAACAAAAGUAUGAGCUACCGGAAUAUAGAAAUCAACAAGUCGAAGAAGAAAUAAGAAUGAGUCUGGAGAUUAAUGAGGUGAUUGGUGUUCAAUUUCCAAAAAUUCAGGAGCCUUCUCAGGAUAGAAGAGGAGAAGAAAAACUUACAGCUAGAAUGAGAGAGGAGCUGAAUGAGGUGGUUCAAGAUCAAUCUCCACAAAAUCAAGCACAAUCUCAGGCAAAUUUAAAUGAGGCUGGACCGAGCAGAAGAAGAAGUUCAGUAAAUACAGUACGUCGAGGGACUCCUCCACCAAAUGACACAAUUUGGGAAGAUACUGUCUCAAAUAUUGCUUCUAUUGACUUUAGAUCUCCAGAGAAAGGCCCGACAUUUGAAGUUCAUGAAAAUACCACAUGCGAGGAAGUAUUUGACCAUUUAUUUACCACAGAGAUGAUAGAGUAUUUGGUUGAACGAACAAAUUCCUAUGGAGCUGCUCUUACCAAAACAAAUAGGCCACAUACACGUCAUGCACGCAAUGCUGCCUUUCGAGUAACAAAUCCUGAAGAGAUGAAAAAAAUUUUAGGUCUUACUUUAUUAAAUGGUCACAUUCGUGUUCCACAACAAAGGAAACUUUUUACAUAUGACGAUCCCUUGUAUUUUCACCCUGUCUUUAACUAUACAAUGUCUUGCAGAAGGUAUGAGCAAAUUUUAAGAUGUCUGUAUGUAGCUGAUUUGGGUGCGAAAGGGUCUGGAAAAAUUGAAGGUUUUAUAAACACAGUGACUCAAAAUUUUCGAAAUGUAUUCAAUCCAGGUCAAGACUUGUCUCUUGACGAGUCUUUGCUACUUUAUAGAGGACGAUUAAUAUUUCGUCAGUACAUAAAAUCAAAAAAAGCUAGGUAUGGCAUAAAGUUUUACGUUUUAACUACAGCGGAUGGAUACGUUUUAAAUAUUAUAAUGUAUAGCGGAGCAGAAAAUAUUGAAGCCAAUGAAAGGAGGACUGACAAACUGGUACUGCGUUUAAUGCGCCCAUAUCUUUUAAAAGGGCAUAACUUAUUUAUGGACAAUUACUACAAUUCAGUGACCCUUUCUGAAAAAUUACUUGAUUUGAAAACACACACCAACGGCACGCUGCGUAAGACAAGAAAAGACAAUCCUAAAGAAAUUGUACAAAAGAAACUCCAAAAAGGCCAGCAUGUGUGGGCUAGGAAAGGAAAAGUCUAUGUAAGUGCCUGGAAAGAUAAAAGAGACGUCUAUAUGGUUACCACCAUGGAUCAUCCAGCGCUCAUUGAAGUCACAAACCGAUUUGGAAAAAAGAAAACUAAACCCAUAGAAGUGAACAGAUAUAACAAAUCCAUGUCCGGUGUUGAUCGCUUGGAUCAGAUGAUAAGUUAUUAUUCAUCACCAAGAAAAACUAUAAGGUGGUAUAAAAAGGUCCUAUUUCAUAUUAUGGACACCACAGUUUGGAAUUCCUUUUACAUUUAUAAAAAUUUUGUGAAAAAAGAUAAGAAGUAUGAGUAUGUGACAUACAGAGAAGAGUUAAUCAGGAAAUUGAUCGGCCUGAAAGAAGAAAAAGGAAAAGAUUUAAUUCGAAAUUCCAACAAGAAUGACAGCAGGCGGAAUGUGCUUCAAACUGAAUCACAGCUUCAUGAAAAUAUUGAACGCAGUAAGGUAGAAACGCAGGACAACUUUUCUCAGCCAAAUUCAGGAAACCAUGGACAUUGGCCGACUCGCAUGAUGCCAUCUGCAAAUUCUAAGAAGAAGUACGCAUUUUUGACAUGUAAGCAAUGUUCGAAACAAAAGGUACGACGUGACACAAGUUACUUCUGUAAAGGUUGCAAUAAUUCUCCAGCACUUUGUCCUUCAUGUUUCGAAGAUUGGCAUAAAGAUUUGUAA